GCCGCCAUGAACUUCAGCGGGAUGCGCGCAAUGAUCGCGUUUCGACGAGCGCUGACAGAACAUCAUCAUGCCGCCUACAUGAAUCGCGAGGGCCGACUUUACUACACGAUCGGCAACCUGGAUUACCGUAUCGAUACGCCUGAUGCGAUCAUCACCAACGACACGGAUUUGUUGCUUCAGUUCCUCUUCGAGUUCGUCUUUGGCGGGAUCAUGAAGCCAGAUUCGGGUUCCUUCUGCCA